UCCCCAAUCCACCAAAUAUAUACCCCCAGAAGAAAAGGAAAAUCACUAAAAUCACAAACGAUGACGCACAAUGUCCCCCAGGCAUCCAUGAUAUCGCUCACAACUCCAAUACGACGUAGUCACAAUCUCAUCCCAUACUGGCAAUUUGUCUAUCCCCAAUCUGUCCCCCGAAUAGGCAAUCAUGAAGCUUAGUUGAUCUUUGACAACGCGGCUGAGCCCGGGCCCCCUGUUCCGGUCGUUCUAGAACGGCCUAUGACCUCAUCAGGAUCGAACUAGGCGGUGAUUUGAAUGGUUUACUUUAAUGGAGCGUUGUGGGUGAGUCAGGGAUCUGCGGGAGUUUUUAAUUUAUUUGGCUGUUUGGGGCAGGGCCGAGGUGGAUGUCAUCUGUGCUCAGAAUGACUCAGGCAGCAAUAAUUGUUCGUGUUUUGUUUUGGGCGAUAGGGUGGUUUGGCGGCAGUUUUUGGUUAUCAGGGCGCUUUGUAGUUCGGGGUCUUGUUAUUGGACGGGGUGAUUCAUGCAGAAAACCUACCAUCUCCGAGUGUAUCCAAGUGAAAUAUUUUGCUGGGCAGCAUACGACCUUUUAUAGAGAUUUCAACUAUAUUUGAUUACUAGUUCUGU